UAGACAACUUAUACCGUUUUUAGAUUGUUUUAUGAGGUUGUCAGAAAAGCAAGAUUGUUCCACAACCAUGAGAAGGCAACGCUGGUGAUAGCGACAGCCAUCACGAUGAAGUUGUUAACGGAUUUUACAAAGCUGUCCAAGGUGAUUGGUGGGGUGAUAGUCAUAGGAUAUUUUGUGCAACUGAUCGCACCAUCGACAAGGGGUGUCUUUGCUUUGGUGCCUGGAAGGUUUCUGCCCUGCGUUUGGAACAUCUUCACAGCUGGACUCCUUGAAGUCCACUUUUACAAGGUCAUUUUCAGUGUGGUGAGUUGCCUGGCCUUGGCACGCCUCAUCGAGCCAGUCUGGGGCUCAUCAGAAUUUUUGAAAUUUCUUGCCGCAACAAAUGCUGCCACAGGGGCAGCGACCUUGUUCUUACUGUACAUUUUCUUCGCCCUCACACAGUACUCUGAGAAGUCAGGAGACCUACUGUACAAGGAAGUGUCAGGUUUUGAGGGCGUCGUUGCUGGUUGUCUUGUGGCCAUCAAGCAAAUCAUGCCAGACAAUGAAAUCAUGCUGCUGACAGGGGUGAUCCGUUUCCGAGUCAAGCACCUGCCCAGUCUGUUUCUGGCAUUUGCCGUGGCGGGCAGCUUUGUGUUGGGCACAGCUUUGAGUACAGUGCCCUUUGUCUGUUUUGGCACCUACUUUGCCUGGGUGUACCUGCGUUUCCUGCAAUACAAGCCGGAGCUGUCUGCCAGGGGCGACCCAUUCAAUGAGGACUUCCGCUUUGCUUCGUUCUUCCCAGAAUUUGUACAGCCACCUGUGGACAAGGUGGCGCAGGUGGUGGGUGUUGCCCUGAGGCUCGCCCCCAGGAGCCCUUCACGUGCUGCAGGCGGAUUUGUGCCCGGUGCAGCGCCCCUGCCUGGCUCAGAUGAUGCUGAUGCAGCCAGGAGAAGGGAGCGGGGGGCGCGCGCGUUGGAGGAGAGGCUUGGAUCCAGGAAGCCGGCAUCUGUGCCUGUCAGCACAAAUGCAGAUAUUGAAGCCCCGCUCGCAGAGGACAGGACAGCUCAGGCGGUCAGCUCUGGGGCUGAAGGCUCAUAGGAUUGAGCUGGCUCUGCUCAAAGUUUGCAAAUUCUGAAUCAUUCCAAGAGAUUUUGUCAUUGGUGGUCACUGAGCAAUUAUCAUGCACAUGUGCACCCUCUGGCAACCGUUGGCAAGCAGUACUUGGCAACCAUGAUGGUGUUCAGCUCAAGCUCAAGUGUUGCUGUGACACCAGAGCACGUACUCUGAUCUGUCUGUUCUAUUGACUGUUGAGGAGCUGUGGGACAUCUAAUGAGCCCUGUGUGGCUGGCCAGGAACGAUAGCAGACCAUGGAACAAUGUAAUCAUAAUCUCUAUC